CCUGACCUGACCUCACAGUACUAUCAAGGGUUACUUCAAAACUCUCUCUCCUCUUCUCUCCUCAUACCCAACCCAACGAGAGAAAAACAAGAAUCAAACACAAUGUUGUCCGUCAAGCAAAUCUCCUUGUUUGCCCUCGCGACCGGCGCCGCCGUCGUCAACGCCCAAAACACCGGCAAGACAACCCGCUACUGGGACUGCUGCAAAGGGUCCUGUGGAUGGUCAGGCAAGGCGUCCGUGAACCAGCCCAUCAACAGCUGCGACAAGAGCGACAACCCGCUCGCCGACAUGGCCGCGAAGAACGGCUGCGAGAGCGGCGGCUCCGCAUACAUGUGCACUUCGCAGACCCCCUGGGCCGUCGACGACAAUCUUGCGUACGGAUUCGCGGCCGCGAAGCUGGCUGGUCAGGGCGAGAGCGAUUGGUGCUGUGGCUGCUACAAACUCACUUUCACCUCCGGACCCGUAAGCGGCCAGCAAAUGGUCGUCCAAAUCACAAACACCGGCGGUGAUCUCGGAAACAACCACUUCGAUAUUGCCAUGCCCGGCGGCGGCGUGGGGCUCUUCAAUGCUUGCACAAACCAGUGGGGAGCUCCUCCCAACGGUUGGGGCGCUCAGUAUGGCGGCAUUUCCUCCCGUUCCGAGUGCGACAGCUUCCCCGAGAAGCUCAAGGCUGGAUGUUAUUGGAGAUUUGAUUGGUUCAAAGGCGCAGAUAACCCUGACGUGACGUUUGAGAAGGUUACGUGUCCCAAGGCGUUGACGGAGAAGACUGGGUGCGUGAGGAACGGGGAAACGCCCACUUAGAGUAAAAACAACAUGAAAAGCAAUGGGAUCGAUAGAGGAAUAGUAGAAAAUUGAUUUAAUACGAUAUGAAUGCGUUAUGGAACAAUGUGGCGGAAGACUGUGCCAGUGUACGAGCAAGUGUAUGUCU